AUGGAGCCCUUGGCCACUGCAGGGACCCAGGCGGGGGUCCCCCAUGGCAGCGGGGACCCGUCCCCGGUGCCUCCCGACUACGAAGACGAGUUUCUCCGCUAUUUGUGGCGCGAUUAUCUGUAUCCGAAGCAAUACGAGUGGGUCCUCAUCGCAGCCUACGUGGCUGUGUUCCUCGUGGCUUUGGUGGGCAACACGCUGGUCUGUCUGGCCGUGUGGAGGAACCACCACAUGAGGACCGUCACCAACUACUUCAUCGUCAACCUGUCUCUGGCAGACGUGCUGGUGACAGCCAUCUGCCUGCCAGCCAGCCUGCUGGUGGACAUCACCGAGUCCUGGCUCUUUGGCCAUGCCCUCUGCAAGGUCAUCCCCUAUCUACAGGCCGUGUCUGUGUCAGUGGCGGUGCUAACUCUCAGCUUCAUCGCCCUGGACCGCUGGUAUGCCAUCUGCCACCCACUGCUGUUCAAGAGCACCGCCCGGCGUGCCCGUGGCUCCAUCCUGGGGAUCUGGGCUGUGUCGCUGGCUGUCAUGGUGCCCCAGGCUGCUGUCAUGGAAUGCAGCAGCGUGCUGCCUGAGCUGGCCAACCGCACCCGGCUCUUCUCUGUCUGCGACGAACACUGGGCAGAUGACCUCUAUCCCAAGAUUUACCACAGUUGCUUCUUCAUUGUCACCUACCUGGCCCCGCUGGGUCUCAUGGCCAUGGCAUAUUUCCAGAUCUUCCGCAAGCUCUGGGGUCGCCAGAUCCCCGGCACCACGUCGGCCCUGGUGAGGAACUGGAAGCGGCCCUCAGACCAGCCAGAGGAGCAGGGGCAAGGCCCGGGUGCAGAGCCCCCGCCUCGGGCCCGCGCCUUCCUGGCUGAGGUGAAGCAGAUGCGCGCUCGGAGGAAGACAGCCAAGAUGCUGAUGGUGGUGCUGCUGGUCUUUGCCCUCUGCUACCUGCCCAUCAGUGUCCUCAACGUUCUUAAGAGAGUGUUCGGGAUGUUCCAUCAAGCCAGCGACAGAGAAGCCGUCUAUGCCUGCUUCACCUUCUCCCACUGGCUGGUGUAUGCCAACAGCGCUGCCAACCCCAUCAUCUACAACUUCCUCAGUGGCAAGUUCCGGGAGCAGUUUAAAGCCGCCUUCUCCUGCUGCCUGCCUGGCCUGGGUCCCUGCGGCUCUCUGAAGGCCCCCAGCCCCCGCUCCUCUGCCAGGCACAAGUCCUUGUCCUUGCAGAGCCGGUGUUCCAUCUCCAAGGUCUCAGAGCACGUGGUGCUGACCAGCGUCACCACAGUGCUUCCCUGA